AUGUCAGAUCAACGUGAUCCUUCUAACAUAAGUCAAAGACAGCUGGAUAUCCUGCGAAGGCUAGCAGCACGAGAAGCAGCAAGACGACAAGAAUUAGGAGAAAAGAGUCAAUCAUCUUCGCCUCAGCCAGGAGGAAGAGGAAGAAGUGGAAGUGAAACGGGAGAAGAUGGUGUUGAGCAAAUAACAACCGCAUCUAAUGCCAAAGAUGCUUCUAUGAUCGAUGUAGAUCGACUGCAGGAGAUACUUCAACAAGAAAAAGCAAAAAAUGAUUUCGCUUGGGCUAAAGUACGCGAAAGGACACAUCGAUUGACAGAGCAACAAAGUCAGGAUGGUAGGGAGAAUGAAGGUGCACUGGAGACAGACAAGAAUGAGGGAAAGGAAGAAAGAAUGCGAAAGAAGCGGAUAGAGUUGGAAUACCUCGAUUACGAGAUCGAACAAGCACAAAAAGAUCUCACCAUCCUCGAACCUCCUCAUAGUGAUGCAAUUCUUGCCUUAUUGACACGAGCAACAUUGGCUUCUGCAGUAGAGCAAUAUCAAGCGUCUAUUGCUUCUUUGGAACGAGAAUUGGAUGAAGAAAAGUCUAGACGAAAGGAAGAUGAUGAGAUGUUGCACGAUAUCGGAGAAGUUCGCAUAGGGCUAGAGAAACGAAAAGCCGUUUUGAAGGAAAGACUGAAUAGUGUGGACUUUGCAUCAAUUGAAGGAUCUUUGAUCGACAUUACUGGCAAGAUUUUAAUCGAUGAAGAAGGUGUACAACAAGCUCAAUUGCGAUUAUUGAUCGACGGUCUGAUUAACAAAGCAUGGGAUACGCCAGUUGACCCUUACGUCGAUAUUUCAGACGGCUUUCUUCCUGCCAUUUCAGCCUUCCUCCUACGUGCCAAUAUAGCCAUCGAACAUCCUCGUGAUUCGAACAGAAUUCGACUGAUCGACUUUCACAGAUCAGCCCUUGGCUAG